AUGCUGCUGUGUAAAAGAAGCACUUUUUUGGUACCUUCUUUUAAUACAAAAACCUUUCCAAAUCUUUUCUCUUACUUUACUAAGAAAACCCAUUUGCUUUCAUUCCUUAAGAAUAGCCCCAUUCGUUGUAAUCAUAGUUAUUUAUUUGCAAAACCCUUAAAAGAUUCAAACUUUAUUGGAACCCAUAAUUUGUUUAUGAAUAAAAAGGCUAAAUUCUGCAACUUGGCAAUCUCUGCAACACCGCAGAGUAAAGAGAACGCUGUGGGUGGGGAUGUAGUUUCUAGCAGGUCAAAAAAGAAGGCACGUAGAGAGGCACCGGAGGGAGUGCUUAGGUUUAAGCUAGAUAUGUGUUCGAAGGCUGGUGAUGUUGCUGAAGGGCUUAGGUUGUAUGAUGAGGCGAGGAGUAAUGGGGUUGAGCUUAAUCAACACCAUUAUAAUGUGUUGCUUUAUUUGUGCUCUCAAAGUGGAGGUGAGAAUGGAAGGGAUUUGAAGUUGGUUUGUAAAAGGGGGUUUGAGAUAUUUCAGCAGAUGAUUAUUGAUAAGGUUUCUCCUAAUGAGGCUACAUUUACAAAUGCAGCAAGGUUGGCUUCUGCAAUGGAAGAUCCAGAAAUGGCGUUUUAUUUGGUAAAGCAAAUGCAGGGUUUUGGUAUUCUGCCAAAGUUGAGGUCUUAUGGUCCGCCGUUGUUUGGAUUUUGUAAGAAAGGGAUGGUUGGUAAAGCUUAUGAAGUUGACGCACAUAUGAUUGAAUCUGGGGUUGUGGCUGAAGAGCCUGAGCUUUCUGCUCUUUUGAAAAUUAGUGCCAAUGUAAACAAUGCUGACAAGGUGUAUGAGUUGCUGCAUCGGUUGCGAACCUCUGUGAGGCAGGUUACAGAGUCAACUGUAGCAGUUAUUGAAGAUUGGUUUAAGUCUGAGCAUGCUGCAAAAAUUGGGAAGGAGAAUUGGGAUGUGAGCAAGGUGAAGGAAGGAGUUGUGAAGGGAGGAGGAGGGUGGCAUGGACAAGGGUGGUUAGGGAGCGGGCAGUGGAGAGUGGUCAGAACUCAAAUGGAUAAGAAGGGUGUUUGUUGUUCUUGUGGUGAGAGGCUUGCUUGUAUUGACAUCGAUCCAAAAGAGACAGAAAACUUUGCUAUCUCCUUAUCUAAGUUGGCUUUUGGAAGAGAGGUUAAGGCCGAUUUUAUUCGGUUCCAG